AUGGACGCCUCCUCCCUCCGCAUCUCCAAGUUCGAUGGAACUAACUUCCACGCCUGGAAGUUCAAGAUGCAGAUGGUGCUGGAGGAACGGGACCUAUGGGAGGUCGUCAGCGGUGAGAUCAAGGCGGAACAGUGCGAGACUCAGUUGGACCAAGCGACGUACAAGAGGAAGUCAAGAAAGGCGAUGGCAGUGAUCUGUCUAGCCAUGGAAGAUUCCCAGCUACCGUUGGUCCGGUCGGCAAGUGGUGCAUGCGACGCAUGGUCAAGGUUGGAAGACCACUUCGAGAAGAAGAGUCUUGCCAACAAGCUGUUCUUGCGCCGUCGCUUCUUCACGACAAUGAUGGAAGAAGGCGACGAUGUGCUCGAACACAUCAACAAGCUCAAGACGCUGGCGGAACAGCUAGAAGCGGUGGGGGCUCCAGUCUGCGAGGACGAUCUGGUGAUCACACUCCUCGGCAGCCUGAGUGACUCGUAUCAAUUCUUGAUCACAGCUUUGGAGUCGCGCUCAGACACUCUUAGCUGGGAGCUCGUGACGUCUCGACUGCUUCAUGAAGAAAUGAAGCGGAAGGAGCAAGGAAGUAAAGGUGAUGAAGCUUCGCAAGGUCAAGCGUUCAUCACAAGGGACAAUCAGCGCAAAGGGCGACCAGUGAAGAAGUCCUGGCCGUGCCACAAUUGCAGAAAGAUUGGUCACUGGAUGGCGGAGUGCCCCUCGCGCAUCCAAGAAAACACGGAGAGACACCGGCCACAGCGUGCUCAAGACAGCGGCGACCGCUAUCGAUCACAACGUGCAAACGUCGCUCAAGAAGAAGACUCGGGCGACUACCUCUUUUCGAUCGGUGAAACGACAUCUGCGAAAUCGAGCGACAUCUGGCUGGUCGACUCCGGGGCGACGCAGCACAUGACGUGCUCCAAGAAGUUCAUGCGGAACUACAAGGGGUUUGACGCUGUGGAUGUCCAUCUCGCGGAUGAUGGAAUCGUCCAAGCAAUCGGCAGUGGGGACAUUGUCAUGUCGAUGAAGACACCCCAAGGGAUGAAGAAAGGUGUGCUCACAAACGUGUGGCACAUCCCAAAGUUAUCCAGAAACCUGUUCUCGGUCGGCCGCUUCACCAAGGAUGUCGGCCCAGUGACGUUCACGAAGGAUGGGUGCUAUGGAGAAGCGAAAGGGACCAAGUGGAAAAUUGGUGCCCGUGAAGUGGCGCCGGAACAAGCAAAUGCAGCCAAGUCGUCGGGAUGUCAAGGGGGCACCAAGUCGUACCUCUGGCACCUUCGGCUUGGCCACAUAGGUCACGAUGGACUCAAUUGCAUCGUGACGAAGAACAUUGGAAUUGGCAUCGACAUAUCUUCGGUGAAGAAGUGGGACGUGUGUGAAGGUUGUGCUCUGGGAAAACAGACUCGAGUGCGCUUCCAAUCAAACACUACAGCUCGCACCUCCAAACUCCUCGAAGUGAUUCACAGCGACGUAUGCGGACCGAUGUCGAUGGCAACUUUCAGUGGAAAACGGUACUUCGUGACAUUCAUUGAUGACAAGUCAAGAUACUGUGUCGUCUAUCUGCUCAAGAGCAAAUCUGAAGUUGCGGCGAAGUUCAUGGAAUACGCUGCGAUGGCCGAAACGCAAACCGGAAAGCGCGUGAAGUACCUUCAAAGCGACAAUGGGGGUGAAUACAAGUCCGACAAGCUGGCACGAUUCUGCGCGGAACGGGGAAUACAACAAAGGUUCACACCCCCAUAUACUCCUCAGCUAAACGGAGUAGCUGAGAGAAUGAAUCGCACGCUGGUCGAGUGUGCGCGUUGCAUGAUGGAACACGCUGGACUGGGAAAGAGCUACUGGGGUGAAGCAGUGAUGACGGCGAUGUUUCUUCGAAACCGCUGUCCAACACGUGUCAUUCACCAAGACAAGUCUCCAUAUCAAGUGUGGACGAUGAAGAAACCGAUUCUGGCCAACCUUAAAGUGUUUGGAUGCCACGCGUAUGUUCAAGUGCCUCAAGACAAACGCGCGAAGUUCGACUCCAAGUCAUCACUCUGUCGUUUCCUGGGAUACGCCGAACACCAGAAGUCAUAUCGAUUUGAGGAAGUGUCAACAGGAGCGAUCAAGAUCAGUCGCGAUGCCACAUUCAUGGAAGACAAGUUUGAUGAAGGUCCGCGCAACUACAACGAUGAGUCAAGUGUCGUUGAGUUUGAUGAUCAUGACGAGGACGAAGAAAAAGAAGAAGGUAAAACUGACGACGACAUGGACUCGAGCGACGAUGACAACGAAGACACCAGGUCUUCGAAGAGCAACAUCAAGAGACACACGCGCACUCAAUCACUUGAGAAAGCUACCGUCAUUCCAAGUCCCAAGCGAAGAACAUACAGAGGUCCGUCGCUUGAGCAUGUGUCAGCGGCUGCAAUGGAUUUUGAAGCAGCCUGCAUCGUUGAUUCAGUGGGGGAAACGCCGACUACAUUCAAGUCGGCGAUGGAAUCAAGCGACUCCGGCAAGUGGAAAGAAGCGUGUGACUCGGAGUUCGAUUCGCUUCAAAAAAAAAGACAUGAGAAUCAAGAUGGCGAAGUUGAACGUUUCAAGGCAAGACUUGUGGCCAAAGGAUUCUCACAGAAAUUCGGAGCUGACUAUGAAGAAACUUUCGCACCGGUGGCCAAGUUCACAUCGAUUCGUGUGGUGCUCAGUAUGGCCGCUAAGUACGGCCUGAUGCUACAUCAGAUGGACGUCAAGACAGCGUUUCUUAACGGCUCCCUCAACGAAGACAUCUACAUGGACCAGCCGGACGGAUACCUGGAUGCAACACAGCCGGACUAUGUGUGCAAGCUAAAGAGAUCACUCUACGGCUUGAAGCAAUCGCUUCGCAUGUGGAACCAAACAAUCGAUGGGUUCAUGAUCAAGAUGGGAUUCAAGAAGUGCGAAUCGGACCACUGCAUCUACAUCAAGCGAGACGACCAAGACAUGAUUCUCGUGGUGCUCUACGUCGAUGAUCUCAUCCUGGCCAGCAGCAACAACGAACUCCUCAAGUCAACCAAGAUGGCGCUGAGCAAACGCUUCGAAAUGACGGAUCUCGGUGAGCUCGAUUACUUUCUCGGCAUGGAGAUCAAGAACGACCGUAAGACGGGAAUGGUGACUGUACAACAAACCAAGUUUCUCAAGUCCGUGUUAACCAAGUUCGGAAUGGAUAACAGCAAGCCAGUGAAGACGCCUCAAGAUCCCGGCCUGAAGCUAACCAAGAACAUGUGUGAACAAGAAUGCAAGCACGAAGACACCAUGUGCAACGUGCCAUAUCGAAGUGCUGUCGGAGGCAUCAUGUAUCUCAUGGUCGCCACACCGGUGCUGAGAUACCUGCAAGCAACGCCCAAUCAUGGUCUUGAGUUUACACGUGAAGAAGGAAGCCGUAUCUGCGGGUACACCGACGCAGACUGGGCCGGCGACAUUGAGUCAAGACGAAGUACAAGCGGCUAUGUGUUCAUGAUGAGCGGAGGAUGCAUCAGCUGGAAAAGCCAGAAACAACGGACGGUCGCGCUAUCUUCAACAGAAGCAGAAUACAUGGCGCUUUCCGAAGCAACCAAAGAAGCAGUAUGGCUCAAAGUGCUUUUGGGGGAACUUGGUGAGAUGACAAGCGACGAAGCGAUCAAGAUGUAUGAAGACAACCAAGGAUCAAUCGCUCUCGCCAAGAACCCGGAGUUCCAUAAGAGAACAAAACACAUCGACAUACGCUACCAUUUUGUGCGUGAGAAGGUGGAAUCAGGUGAAGUCGUUUUGGAGUAUUGCCCGACUCAAGAUAUGCUGGCAGACAUGAUGACCAAGCCGAUCGCCGCUGUACAAUUUGAAAACAUUCGCGAUCGACUUGGGAUCCAAGUGCCGCAGCUAACGAGUCGAGAGGGAGUGUUGAAAAGACAGCGGCUGUGA